AUACAUCUAUACCAAACAGCAUGCAAAUCCAUCGUACCCAUAAUCAUCUUUCACAGAAGCAAGAAUACUUCCAAGUUUCUGAUGAAUUCUUCCAGAAGUAUUCUAGCGCUCCAGCUUCCUAGAGGGGUUCCAGGACAAUUCAGAUUUCCCGUAUCCUUGUGAACAUGACUGAACCUGGCUUCUCGACGUAUUGCUGAUUGGGAUUUAGGACCCCCCUAAUCCCUCUCCUGCUCACCAAGUGUUUGGUCCAGACCCUGGGGGAACCUGGAUGGACCAUUCUCACUGGAGCAUGUGGGUUCUAGCUGUCCCCACAGUGACCCGUAUACCCAUUGGACUCAGAGUCACGGGCUGUAGCACUUCCUCUGUAAAUUCAGCUCUGGCUCCCUCCCCUCCCACCCCAUCUGUACACUGCCCUGACAGUUCUUCCAAGGAAAUUUGCAUCAUGGCCUGCAAAGUAGGGACUGCUUCACUGAGCCAUGGUCUCUUCGGCUGCUCACCUACUGCUCCUGGCCAUGACUUUUCUCCUGCUGGGAUCACCAGCUGCCCAAGAAUCCCAACCUGGACAGAGUCCGAUGGGAGGGGACUCUGAAAAGCUCCUGGACCAAGAGAGUGGUGCAGGAGCUGUCCCCUCUGCUCCUGUGGAAUCAGCCCUGGUUUCUGGCUAUGUGCGUCUGAACCUCUCAGACAACACCUGGCUGCUGGCACUCUCCAGGACCCAGACUCUCCCUGCUGCCUUGGCCUCUGCUUCCCCAAAAAUCCUCACUGGCCUCAGCCUCACAACAGAGUGCAAGGUCAACCCUGAGGGGCAUAUUGAUUGUGCCUGUCUCUCUGGGUACCAGUGGAAUGCCACCGCCUGCUCCCAUCACCGUCCCUGCCAAGCCCCGCACACCCACCAGGCUUGUGGCUGUCUUGUCUUGAACCACCCUGAACCUGGGUACUGCCAGCUGCUGCCACCUGUCCCGGGAAACUUGAGCCUGAACUCUCCGCUGCAAAUGCCUGGUGACACUCUGAAUCUGACUCUUCUCAUCAGCCAGGAGGCCACCAACCUGAGCUGGUUCCUGAGGCCUCCAGGGAGCUCCAAACUGGUCCUUCUGCAGCCAGGGACACAGGUGUCCCUGACCUCCAGCCGGGACCAGGCUGCCCUCAGCAUCUCCAACAUGUCCCAUCACUGGGCAGGUGAGUACAUGAGCUGCUUCGAGGCCCAGGGAUUCAAGUGGAACCUGUACCAGGUGGUGAGAGUGCCCUUGAAGGUGACAGAUGUGACUCGACUCCCAGACCAGCUCUCCAUCUCCUGCGCCACCUCCCCAGGCUUCCAGCUGAGCUGCUGUAUCCCCAGCACAGACUCAGCGUACACGGCUGCCUGGAGCCCCAGAGAGGACAGCAAAGCCUCCUCAUUCAACACGUCAGGGUCUCAGUGCUUCAUGCUGACCAUUCAGCGCUGCCCAGCAGCUGACACCACAUACACUUGUGACCUGCAGAGCCAGGGCCUUGCUCCCUUGAGGAUCCCUGUCUCUGUCACCAUCAUCCGAGAUGGAGAUGUCACCUGCCCUGAGGACUCCUCAGGUAUCACUUGGAAUGUCACCAAGGCUGGCCAUAUGGCACAGGCCCCAUGUCCCAUGAACAAGAGGGGAGUGGUGAAGAGGCCCUGUGGGCUUGAUGGGGAAUGGGGGCCCAUCCACAGCAGCUGCACGGAUGAGAGGCUUCUGGCCUUAUUUGCUAGAGCCAAGCUGCUGCGGGCAGGCCAGGGCAGGCCCGAAGCGGAAGUGCCACCAAUCCUGAGGGAGCUGUCAGGGCUGGCGACAGGGGCAAGCUCAGACUCGGACCUACUGGCACUGGUAGGCAUCAUGAGCUGCCUAGCCGAGGUGACCACAAAGGCCAGAGUACAGCUUGACUGCAGUGCCAUAGAGAAUCUCCUGACAACCACAGACAAGAUUCUAGACCUGAACACCAGUUCUCUGUGGACCCCGGCCCAGGCCAAGAAGCCCUGGGUGGGCUCAACUCUCCUGCUGGCUGUGGAGACCCUGGCACGCAGCUUGUGCCCACAAGAUCACCCCUUCACCUUCAGCUUGCCCAAUGUGCAGCUGCAGACCCAGCUCCUCGGACCCACAUUUCCUGCAGACUACAAGGUCUCCUUCUCCACCCGGCCCCCACUGCAGGCCCAGAUUCCCAGGCACUCACUGGCUGCACUGCACCAGAAUGGAACUCAAGUCAGUAUAACUAGCCUGGUGCUACAAAAACUGGUCCACCUUCUGCCCUCAAACUAUGGGCAAGGGCUGGGGGGCUCCCUCUACGCCACUCCUGGCCUGGUUCUUGUCAUCUCCAUCGUGGCAGAUGGCAAGACCUCCACACGGGGAGAGGUUAUCAUGGACUUUGGGCACACAAAAGGUACUCCUCACUGUGUCUUCUGGGAUCACAAUCUCUUCCAGGGCAAAGGGGGUUGGUCCAAAGAAGGGUGCCAGGCCCAGGCAGCCAGUGCCAGCCCGAACACUCAGUGCAGCUGCCAGCACCUCACUGCCUUCUCCAUCCUCAUGUCCCGACAUGCUAUUCCAGAAAAUCCUGCCCUGACACUGCUGAGUCAGCUGGGCUUGGGGACUUCCAUACUGGCGCUGCUCAUGUGCCUGGGCGUGUACCGGCUGGUGUGGAGAGUCGUGGUGCGGAACAAAGUCGCCUACUUCCGCCAUGCUGCCCUGCUCAAUGUGGUGCUCUGCUUGCUGGCCGCGGACACCUGCUUCCUGGGAGCCCCGCUGCUCCCUCCGGGGUCCCGCAGCCCACUCUGCCUCGCUGCUACCUUCCUCUGUCAUUUCCUCUACCUGGCCACUUUUUUCUGGAUGCUGGCACAGGCCCUGGUGCUGGCCCACCAGCUGCUCUUCGUCUUCCAGCAGCUGUCCAAGCACCGAGUCCUCCCCCUGAUGGUGCUCCUUGGCUACCUGUGCCCCCUGGGGUUUGCAGGUGUCACCUUGGGCCUCUACCUACCUAGGGGGCAAUAUUUGAGGGAGGGGGAAUGCUGGUUGGAUGGGAAGGGAGGGGCUCUCUACACUUUUGUGGGGCCAGUGCUGGCCAUUGUAGGUGUGAAUGGGCUGGUAAUAGCCAUGGCUGUGCUGAAGUUGCUGAGACCUUCCCUAUCAGAGGGGCCUCCCACAGAGAAGCGUCAAGCUCUUCUGGGGGUGAUCAAAGCCCUGCUUGUUCUCACACCCAUUUUUGGCCUCACCUGGGGGCUGGGCCUGGCCACUCUGUUAGAAGAAGUCUCCAUAGUCCCUCAUUAUAUCUUCACCGUUCUCAACACUUUCCAGGGUGUCUUCAUCUUAUUGUUUGGUUGCCUUAUGGACAAGAAGGUGCAAGAAGCUUUGCGCAAACGCUUCUGCCACACCCAGCCCCCCAACUCUACUGUCUCCUUGGCCACAAAUGAAAGCUACAUCUUGGACUACAGGAAAGGAGGAAGCAAAACUGCCAGUCAUGAAGAAAGGAUGACUUAAUGGACAGGAACUUCUGAUCUUCCAAACAUUGCUGCAGAUGAAGAGUAGAAUUUGAUUAGUUUCAAGUUUAGGAAAAGGUGAAGUCAAUUGGUCCGUCUUUGGGCUCACUUUACUUAGCAUAAUGUCCUGGAGGUCUAUCCGUGCUGUAGCAUGUCACAGGAUUGCCUUCCCUUUUAAGACUGCUUAGUUCUCCAUCCUGUGUAUACAGUGUGUUUAUCAAUUUAUCUGUAUUUAUCUAUUUAUCUAUGCAUGGAUAUUUGAAUUGCUUUCACCUUUUCACUGUUGUGACUAAUGCUGCUGUGAAAAUGUGUAUACAAGUAUUUCUUCAAGACCCUGCUUUCAGUUCUUUCAGGUAUAUACAUACCCAGAAGUAGAACUGCUGGUUUAUAUGAUAAUUCUGCAUUUAAUUUCUUGAGGAACUGCCAUGCUGUUUUCUAUCGCAACUGCACCAUUUUACACAAACAGUACAACAGGAUUUGAAUUUCUCCACCAACCCUUGUUAUUUUCUGUUCUUUUGAUAGUAACUUUACUACUGGAUGUGAGGUAGUAUUUCUUUAUGGUUUUGAUUGCAUUUCCCUAGUGGUUAGAGAUGUUGAACAUCUUUAUAUAUGCUUAUUGGCCAUCUUCUAUGGAGAUGAAGAUUUUCAAAUUCUUUGCCCAUUUUAUAAUGGAGGUUGUUUUUCUGGGUGUGAAUUGUAGUUAUUUAUAUAUUCUGGAUAUUAAACACUUAUUG